ACUAUCGAUCACGCCUGGUUGCUUUGACACACGAUAUUUAUGCGUUCAAAAUAUCCGUCUGAAUGAAUUUGGAUGUAACUGCCCGUGGAAAUUUCCAUUAUGAGGAUAUUGUGCAUGAUGAAGUCUUAUUCGAGACUUAAAUAACCAACAACGAUGAGCUCAAGUUCGCAUGCCAUGCAGACAAGACUGAUAGAUUAUCUUGUUGUUGUCGGUGUACGCAAACCGACCAUCGACUCAACACAAACGCCGGAACUUUUACGUCGCUUUCCACAAAAGGACCAUAAAGAUUUUCCCUUACCUGGAGACGUGGUUUUCUUCUGCCAGCCGGAGGGUUGCAGUACAGUGUCGAAGAAAUUUUCUCUCCGCGAGGCGAACUCGUUUGCGUUUACAUUGACUGAGAAAGACUCUGGCAAGGUCCGCUAUGGGAUUUGUGUCAAUGUUUUUCGUCCUUGUUCGAAUUUUGACAACAAGGAGCGAAGCGAUUGCAAAGAGACUACGCUUACAGUUCGGAAAAGGUCUCGAAGCACCUACCACAGGCGGAAUUUUUGCAUGAGUCUCACAUCUCUGUGCAUCGUUUCACAUUAUCCGUUCUUCCCAACAUUCAGGGAGUGCCUGUUUUUCCUUCGAAAAAUGAUCGACUCGAGAACUGGAAUUAACGGCAAAUGUGACAAGAACGACAACAUCAUACCAGGGUUAAAUAGCUGGCCUGUUUUUACUUGUACAGAGGACCAAAAAGCAAGUCAUUUGGCUCGAGAUAUGGAUGAAGUGGAGACGUGGAUUCAACGCCUGUUUCUUGCACAAGCACCCGUUCCCGGGAAAACUCGUGUUGAGGUUCAACUUCAUUCGCCUGAGAUUUAUUCUCCUCUGACCUUUGCAAUGCCAGAAUCGAACCGAUUUUCGCUCGUAGACUUCCCCAUUCACAUUCCCCUGGAACUUCUUGGAGUGGAGACAUGUUUGAAAGUGUUAACGUGUAUUUUACUCGAACACAAGGUUGUGAUCCAAUCCAGAGAUUACAAUGCUUUGACCAUGAGUGUCAUAGCACUGACAUCCCUCCUUUAUCCACUGGAGUACAUGUUCCCCAUCAUUCCUCUACUGCCAACAUGCAUGAACAGUGCAGAACAACUGCUACUUGCCCCAACACCUUUUGUGAUUGGUGUACCAGCAAGUUUCUUUCGAUACAAGUCAGAAGGAUUUCAGAUGCCAAGUGAUGUCUGGGUGGUUGAUUUGGAUUCAAAUAAGAUAACAGUUCCCUUGACUGCUGAUGAACUUCCUCCAUUGCCACAACCUGAAGGCACAGUGCUAAUCAAGAGAUUGAAGUUGGCUCUUCAAGCCCUCAGUAUGCCUCCUCAGACAGUUACAAAUCUGAACCAUUCUGCUCACCUGGAGGAUCAUGGACCUCUUUCCCCAGAUAGCAUCAAAGCCACCUCAGUGCAAUUUGUCUAUGGAAAUGAUGUGGAUGCUGUAGACACUGCUGUCAGAGUUGCCAUGGUGAAUUUCUUUACAGCACCAAACAUUCUUGGGGGUAUUAAAGAGCACACAAGGACUCUACGGCUGUUUUCACGACCUGUUGUGGCACUCCAGAGAGGACCUUUCUUAAGAUCAAGACCAGAACUGUCAGAGUUUGUGGAAAGACUUGCUGAAACUCAGUCUCUAGAGUAUUAUGGAGAGUGGCUGGUUUAUCCAUCAAACACAGUCUUUUUGAAGAUUCUAAAAGGCAUCUAUGACCCCCAGAUCAUUGGAGACAAAGCCAAAUGGUUCUCUAGAGACCUAGAACCUGUUGUUUAUCAAGUGUUUGACUCAGAUUCAAAGAUCUACAUGGAACCAUGGAUUGAUGUUGACUAUGAACCUAGUUUGAUUUUUGAUGAAGAAGAAGCCACACCAAACAACGAUGAGGAUGAUGACAGCAGCAGUUGCCACAGUUCUGUCGGAGAUCUUGUGCAGAGGAUGAUUAGUGGAGAAAUUAAUGGUUCCACACCCACUGGUUCUCAUGCUCCCCCUUUUGCCCCUAUGAGGGCAUCGUCACCAGUGCCAGACUUACAAGCAUCUUUUGCUUUGCCAGGCACUCCAGCUAUGGUUGAGACCAUGCUUAUGCACAAGAAGGUAUCAGAGGAUAGCACAAGGACUGAUCGGUCUGACUCAACCGCCACAGACUCUGCAGCUUGUUCCAUGAGCAGUGGUGAUUCAUGUUCAGUGCAAGAUGAAGACAGUGACGACUUGAUGUAUUCUGUGUCAAACCCUCCCACUCCAAAAGGAACCAGGAAAAAGUUGACUUCAGAUGCAGAAAGUGAAAGCACUUUUGUAUCUGGAGCGUCUUCACCAUCUGGGUCAUCCACAAAUACUAUGUCUCCCACUGAGAAACAGAGUAUGUUCACCAACAGUACUGAAGCUGUACUGGGUCUGUGGAACAGUUUUAAAAAAUCCACAAUCAAUGUGACCAAACCAACUCAACAGGAGAAUUCAGAAAAACCUGCAGUAAAUGGCUUUGCUAAGAGAGUUCCUCCAUAUCCUUUGCUGCCCAACAAGCUCUCUCCACAAGAAGAAAAACCUUUCUUUCCUUUCCCAGGAAUGAGGUCAAAACCACCCAUACCUGGUGAAAGAUUACAAGGACGACCCAAUCUGACAAAGCAAACAUCUACAGAAAAGCAACUGCAGAGCGAAAAUCAACAGUUCUUGAAGGAAGUUGUGCGUGUUGUAGUGAAAGGUGAUGGUGUCGGCUGGCUGGCAUCCAAGAAACUUCGCAGGCUGAUGAUGGAUGAAUCUCUCAGGACUGUUGUUGCUAAUCGUCUUUACAGUGCUCCAUCUGCUGACCAGACUACAGAUGCAGUGGAUGACAUGCUCAUCAGUAAUAUAAUUCCUCCCUCAAUCCUGACGCAGUAUGCACAGGGGCAUAGUGAGCUUACUUCUUCUAAGACGGAUCUAGACUCAAAACAAGAUGCUAAUGCUGUUCCUCUCUGGUGGAAUACCUUGUCCUCACUCUCUUUCGGAUGGUCUGCACCCUCUGCUUCUUCUUCCACUUGGGGAACUGGGGCUGACUUGACCCAGCCCCCAGUCCCUGAAGCUAAGAGAAUUUCUCGCAGUGUCUACAAGGGGAUGUUAGAAGUGCUUAGGGCUGCUGUGCAUGGCUUUGAAGUAAGCGUCGAGAACCAUGGGAUAGGAGGCCUGGCGUCUGCCUAUCAGUAUCUUGAAGUAGCGCACACUCAUUACUUUGGGCGAGACAUCAAGGAACAAACAGAGAAAUUAGCGAGACUUCGUGAUGAUGAUGAACUGUCAGUCAUCUCUAAUUGUGAUAGUAUCUCGAACCUGUCAGACCAUUCACAGGAUAUGUCCGCUGUACAGUCAUGGGUUGCUGAAACAGGCAAGAGGCAUGCCAUGUUAAAUGGCAAAAGCGACAAAGACAGUGGUCACGGUGAAAUGAGUGAUGCAAACAGCGAGAUUGAAACAAUAAUGUCAUCAGGUUCACACAGCAGCAGGGAAAAAUCGAAGGAACCUCCUGAGCUCAUCCGCUCAAACAGUGACGUAGCUGCACUGGUAAAUAGACAAGGAAAGGAGUUGAAGGACAAAGCCUGGAGGAGCAGAUCCAUUGAUCCCAGUAAGAUACAGGAUAUUGCAAGAGCUAACAGAGAAGAUAGACUGAGACAAGCUGACAGAUGCAAGAGCCCAGCUUUAGCUCACAUGAAGUUACAAAACAGUUUAGCACGCCGCAAUUCUUUUGACCGUCUAAGUCAGGUUUCGUCUUCUAUACCCUCGAGUCCCUUGCUGAGGAAAAGCAAUUUAAACAAAGGUUAUCGUUACCACAAUGGAGACAUUUUUCCCGUAGAGGGUGAGGACGGGAAGAAAACGACAGGGCGACGUUACUUGUUUGAAGGUCUGUUGAAUGAGAGAUCAGCUUUGUGGGAUAACAUGGACUUCUGGGAAAACAUUUUUCUUGAUGCUGUCGCUGCUGAGAGAGACGCUGUUGGAAUGGACCAGGGGCCUGUCGAGAUGAUUGACAGGUACAACUCAUUAGGCCCUGCAGAGAAGAAACGUCUUGAAGCAGAUGAAGACAGACUCCUAGCGACCAUGUUGUAUAAUUUGGUGGCAUUUAUGAUUGCGUUGAAUGUUGACAAGGAUGCUAUCAAGAAGAAAGUCCGUAGACUGUUAGGAAAGUCACACAUUGGGUUGCUACAAAGUCAACAAGUCAAUGAUUUAUUGGAUAACAUCAACAACUUAAACGGUAAUGACAUCGAUCUCAAGCCAGCGGGCAGUCGUCAGAUGUUAAAACAGUCCUUUGUUGUCCAUUCAGGGGAUUCGAUGAAUGGUGAUGUAUUCUUCAUGGAGGUUUGCGACGACUGUAUUCUUCUAAGAACUGGCGCGGGUGCUGUAGUGGAAAGAUGGUGGUACGAGAAGCUAGUGAACAUCACAUACGCCCCAAAGACUAAAGUGCUUUGCCUAUGGUGUCGACAAAAAGAUGAGACGAUCCUAAACAAGUUUUGUACAAAGAAGUGUAAAGCUUUGUAUUACUGUAUCAAGGAAAGUUUACAACGAGCGGCUGACAGACUCAGUGACAAGGGUACAGGAGUUCAACUUGGAGGGGAGUUCCCUGUAACGGAUCUUAAUACCAACGAAAGCGGUCUUCUGCAGGUCACGUUGGAAGGAAUUGGUUUAAAAUUUGUCAAACGACGAGUACAUAUUGAUCUGUGCCACAUAAGGAAUUGUUCCACGCAAAGAAGCGUGUUCCUUUUGGAGGAGUUUGUGCCGGCAACUCAAGGAACAAUUCAGCACAGAUUUGGUUCCCCAGUGUGUAAUCAAAUCUGUUACGCCGUAUUGUGUCUGUUCUCCUAUGUGGCUGCAUCGCGUAACUCAAACAACACUGGCUGAAGAACCACGUCACAUCGUUGUGCAUGCGUAUCAAACAUUGUAAAGGACAGCCUGGACACUAGUUUCGACCCAGUGCCUUCAAUACCUAAGAAAUCCAGCGAAGAUAACCCUUUACAUUACUUUCAAGACAAAAAAGUUCGCGGAAAUUCUCCAGAGAUUUGUGAACCGUCUGCAUGUAGAAUAUGAUAGAUAGACUAUCAUCUUGCCCAUACCUCUGUUGUUUGUAAUUCAUUUGGCAAAGCAUUUGUAAUUUUAUCUGCUGGUAGUUUUAUUUGCUAGAGUGUUCGACGCCUAGAGAGAGGUACACCACCCCCAUUCACAAGGACGUACAGAUUUUAAAUACCGCAAUGGGAAAAAAUACUCUUAUUUGAAAAUCCGAUAAGGACGACAUUAACGGAGGCAAAUGGCGAGUGUUUCCAGCCUCUUCUCAGAAGGGUGUGAUGACCUCUCCAAUAAGUGUCUUAAUUUUAAUUAUUGCAAAUAAUCAACAGAUUUUAAACAGGUUAUAAUCUCUUGAAUUAAUUGAAUCUUUGAAAACGAACUUACUAUGUUUCUCUCAAUGUCAGUUGUCAAGUAAGCAACAUUUGCGCAAUCUUGGCUCGUUCUGCGGACCUCCAAAGAAGCCUUUAAAAGCAAAGCAAAGCUGAUAAUUUUAGAAACUUACCUAAGAAAAAUGUGUCUUUGACUGUCCGAGUUGCUGCUUAAGGGAGGGGGGGUCAGGGGGGAGGGUAGGAAGGAGCUACUCUAAGGUGGAAGUUCUUCCCUAAGAUUAAGUACCCGGGGAUUACUAAGCAAUAUCAAUUAUAAUUGUUUAAGCAGCAUAACAAGGAUUUUAGCAAAUACUAAAAUAUCUAUUUAUUUAUUGUAAGUAUUGCCAAGGUGAGGGAGCUGCGCGAAUUAAGUUGAUAAUAAUACAUCUAAUUUAACUUAAUAUAAUGAAGCUAAGUUAUGAAUAAAAUAUCGCAUCCACGUUCAUUCAUCAUGAUGAGUGCAAAAUGCUCAGGAGAAUUCUUGUAAACUAAAUGUACUCAGAACCGAAGGAUCUGUUAAUAAA